AUUCUGGCAAUUAAAAUUUGACCCUUUCAUUCAUCGGCUUCAAUUCAUUGGUGACUGAAUCAGGCUACAGAUUCUGUCACAGAAAAUAAACUGAGUCCGAAAUGGCUUCCAGCGACGGAGACGGCGGCGGCGCGAGCAUCAGUAGUAGCAAUACAGUAUCAUCGUCGUCGUCGGUGAAAUUCGGGACGGCGGAGGCUCUGGAGCAUGUGCGGAAGCUCACUGACGUGGGAGCCAUGACCCGUCUCCUCCACGAAUGCAUCGCCUACCAGCGAGCCCUUGAUCUGGAAUUGGACUCCCUCCUCUCCCAGCGUCCCGACCUCGACCGUCAGCUCUCUGCUCUCAACAAGUCCGCCGACGUCCUCCACAUCGUCAAGGCCGAUUCCGACCACCUGCUCUCCAAUGUCCGCUCCACCUCCCACCUCGCUGAUCACGUCAGCGCCAAAGUCCGUCAGCUCGAUCUCGCCCAAUCCCGCGUUUCUGACACGCUCCUCCGCAUUGACGCCAUUGUACACCGCUCUCACUGCCUUGAUGGCGUCCACAAGGCCCUUCAGUCGGACGAUUUUGAGUCUGCAGCUAAUUACGUCCAGACGUUCCUUCAGAUUGAUGCCAAGUUCAAGGACUCCGCUGCGUCCGAUCAGCGUAGUCAGUUACUCGCCGCCAAUAAGCAGCUUCAAGGGAUAGUCCGGAAACGUUUAUCCGCGGCUGUCGAUCAGCGGGACCAUCCAACCAUUCUCAGAUUCAUCAAGCUCUACCCGCCUCUGGGACUGGAGGAAGAAGGGUUGCAGGCUUAUGUCAAUUACCUGAAGAAGGUGAUUUCUAUGAGAUCUAGGAUGGAGUUUGACCAAUUGGUUGAGCUGAUGAAGGAGCAAUCCCAAUCCGAUUCCAAUUCUGGUCGGGUAAAUUUCAUAGCUUGCUUGACGAAUUUGUUUAAAGACAUUGUGUUGGCUAUUGAAGAGAACAAUGAGAUUUUAAGGAACUUGUGCGGAGAAGAUGGGAUUGUUUACGCCAUAUGUGAGCUUCAAGAAGAGUGCGAUUCUCGGGGCUCUUUGAUUAUGAAUAAGUAUAUGGAUUACAGAAAGUUAGCCAAAUUGACUUCUGAUAUUAAUUCUUACAAGAGCAAUUUGCUCUCGGCAGUGGCCGAAGGACCUGAUCCUAGAGAGGUUGAACUGUAUCUGGAAGAAAUUUUGUCCUUGACACAGUUGGCAGAGGAUUACACUGAGUACAUGGUCUCGAAGAUUAGGGCAUUGAGCUCUGUCGAUCCUGAAUUGGUUCCCCGCGCCACUAAGGCUUUUAGGAGUGGGAAUUUGAGUAGGGUUGUUCAAGAUAUCAUGGGCUAUUAUGUGAUAUUGGAGGGGUUUUUCAUGGUUGAAAAUGUGAGGAAAGCCAUCAGCAUUGAUGAGCACGUGUUUGAUAGUCUUACUACGUCUAUGGUGGAUGAUGUCUUCUAUGUUCUUCAGAGUUGUUGCAGGAGGUCUAUUUCCACCUCCAACAUUAACUCUGUAAUUGCAGUUUUAAGCAAUGCAGUGAGCUUGUUGGGCAGUGAGUACAACGAGGCCUUGCAGCAGAAAAUGAGAGAACCUAAUCUUGGAGCUAAGCUUUUCUUAGGUGGUUCUGCUGUUCAGAAGACUGGUUCUGAGAUUGCAACGGCUCUAAAUGACAUGGAUGUGAGUAGUGAGUAUGCUCUCAAACUGAGACACGAGAUUGAAGAGCAGUGUGCAGAGGUAUUUCCCGCUCCAGCCGAUAGAGAGAGAGUUAAGUCCUGCUUAUCUGAAUUGAAUGAGAUGAGCAACACUUUCAAGAAGGCGUUGAAUAUGGGAAUGGAGCAACUUGUAGCAACAGUUGCGCCAAGAGUUCGGCCUGUAUUAGAUAACGUGGCAACAAUCAGCUAUGAGCUAUCUGAGGCUGAAUAUGCUGAUAAUGAGGUGAAUGACCCUUGGGUUCAACGGCUUCUUCAUGCCGUUGAGGCCAAUGUAGCGUGGCUUCAACCCUUAAUGACUACCAACAAUUAUGACAUGUUUGUACAUCUUAUUAUCGAUUUCAUUGUGAAAAGACUUGAAGUGAUCAUGAUGCAAAAGAGAUUCAGUCAGCUAGGAGGACUUCAACUUGACCGAGAUGCUAGGGCCCUAGUCAGCCAUUUCUCUAGCAUGACCCAAAGGACUGUCAGAGACAAAUUUGCUCGCCUAACUCAGAUGGCUACCAUCUUGAAUCUGGAAAAGGUCUCCGAGAUCCUAGAUUUCUGGGGUGAAAACUCUGGACCCAUGACCUGGAGACUAACACCGGCUGAGGUCAGAAGAGUAUUGGGUCUGAGGAUAGACUUUAAACCUGAAGCAAUUGCUGCUUUGAGGUUGUAGUAACAUUUGUUUCUGCAUGUUUUGUUUGAUAUCUAUAUCAUUGCUCCCUUUCCUUCUUCCUUUUUCUUUUUCACAUUUUUGUUUGGGGGUUAAUCUCUGUUUAUAAUGAGACCUCCUCCUAUAUAAAGAUGAACUGAUCAUGAUUCAUUUAUAUUCUGUUUUAUUAGUCUGUUAUCAGUACAGUGCUAUUUUUCCUAUUUUUAAUUAAUUGCCCAUACAAAUUCUACAUUUUAGAUCCUAUAUUGUGGUUGACGUUUUUUGGUUUAGUUUUACACCUUUUGAUAUUUGUGCCUUAGAUGUAAAUUCUCUCCAGAAUACUGGAGAAUAGUGUUGGUUUAACAUUAUUCUUACCACUGUUCUUAUAUCUGAUUAAGUACUUUCAGUGGACCAAAAUCAAACGAUCAAAUAUGCUAUGUAUGCCUUCCCAUUUUCUGUUUGAACUGGUCACAAAAGUAAUGGUACAAUGGUUAUUUGGUGUAAAGGGAUGUAAGAGUUGAAAGAAUCUUAUGGAAACUUAUGCUUGGCAUGGCAAUAUCCUUUGCUUGCUGUCACUUUUUCAGUUUUUCUCUUUGUUUUGCUUUAUUUAUUUUUUAAACUGAAACUGUAGAGAGGGACAAGUUUAUUGCCUUUCUGUCUGUCUCCCUCUUUUUGUGCUGCUGCUCUGAGCUUUCAUUCUGCUUGGAGUUUUUGGAUCAAUGGGAGGUGACUCUGCUGCUGCUACUGCUGAUUGUGUAGCAGCUGUUGUCUUGGAUGCAGGGAGGGGGUGGCGGCUGCUUGGCUUGGGCAGAAUAGCAGAGCAAGUACUAGUAGCAGAACAAAAAAGCCUUUUUAUAUCUCACAGCAAUUGUGACCUCUCGGGAGAAUCGAUGACUGCAUCUUUGAUGCAGUGCUAGUACUAGUACAUAUGCGAAUUCUUAAUUGUGUAGUUGUAAAUAGCCCCAGGGCUAUGGAACAAAGGAUUAUCCCGGACAUACACCGAGGUAUUAAUGGUGAUUUUCAAAUCUCGCAGAAUGUGAUAUGAUGAGAUAGAAUGCAAAGACAAGGAACGUAGCUGACUGCAAUGACUGCACUGAAAGUUCUGUGGAGGUCUACUAAGUUGUAAAAAAAUCAUGAAAUCAAAUACUAGUUCUUGCUGUUA